AUGGCAAAAAGCUGCCAGGUUGUACAGCCCCCGUCUCUUUCGAGGCGGGUUAAUAAGGCUUCAGCGUCGGGCUACCAAGGUGCUGUUCUCGAGCAUAGACGAGGACAAAAAUCGAGGAUGGAUAGGUCGGUUUAUUUGAGUGAAGACUUCCGACCUAAUCCCGGCCGAGGAGAUGCCAUUUCUCGAGAAAUGGAAUAUGAAGCAUGCCCGACGCAAUUCCUAACCUCAAGAGCUGGGUUAAUAAAUUGUCUUCGACCUCUUCGUAUGCUGAGCACUCAUGGCCUCGGAGAAAAUGCUGUCAUGAGGCCCCCGUCCGGGGAGGAAGAGGUGUCGCCCUCGGCCCCGAAACCGGUGAAGAAUAAAAAGACAAAAAGGGUCUCGACCUCCGAGGACCCAAAGCCCAAAAAAAGUAAGGCUCGUAAGCCAAAGAAAGACACCACCAUCCUGCCUGCGGAGGUAGUUCAGCGGCUAAGAGAUGAAGAAGAAGAAAACAAAGACGACGGCUCCGAGCUGGUGGCUCGAGUAAAGAGGAGCACUGAGGCCCCAAAGGCCUCUGAGUCGGUGAAAGUUGGAGAAAUCCAGCCCCGAAUCGAGAGGAUCUCGGAAGAGGACCCGGGCAAAGUCCCGGAGUUAUUGGAGACUGAGGACGCUUCACGCCGAGAUGAGCAGUCGGCAGGUAUGUCCGAGGGGGCCAGUUCCGAGGCCUCUCGAAAAGAAGAGAACUUACCAAGUGAUUCACUUGGGGCAAUAGAAAUUGGGGACUCCCCGCCACUUCCUUCAUUCUCGGAAGGGGAAGUAUGGGAGGCUCAGGCUAUGAAGGCCCCUCAGUUCCCAACUUCUUGUGUCGAUCCUGAGUGCAAACAGACCAUCAUUAUUAAGGUCCCGGAGGAUGCACGAGUUUUUGUCGCCCCCGUAGGGGUGGCCAGUUAUCUUCAAGGUCUGGUCACCGAGGAGGAUCAAGCUCUAAUGGACGAGGUGGGAGCACCAUGCCUCUUCAAUGAGGCCCAGCAAGCUUUGAAUCGGGCCUCGGUACUUCAUCAUGAGGCUUUCUUCAAGUCUCGAAGAGAGUUUAGCCGAUAUGAAGCUGAAAUUCGAGGGCUUAUCGAGGAGAAAAAUGCUCUCAAGCUUCUUGGUGAGCAAAAAGAACAAGAAAUCAAAGGUCUCCGAGCUGAGUUAGCUAUGGCCCAGAAAGAACAAAGUGAGUUGACCGAGCAGGUAAAUAAAGUCUUAGACGCUUAUGGCCUCGGUUUGGGAGUGAUGGCUAAUGAUUCGAUCUCACAGGUCCAGCGGCUGCAUGAAACGAUUGUGCAACUCCGAGGAGAGGUAGAUGAGGUGAAGGCGGAGACUUCAAUGUGGAAGCAAAAGAUGGAUCACCUUGCCUCGGAGAAAGAGGCAGCUCGAGCUCAGUUAUCCUCAGCCAAAAUCCAACUCCAAGGCAUGAAAGAGAAGAGCUUGGAACAAGCCAAGAAGAUUGAGGAGCUACAGGCUCGGUUGGAGACGGAGAUUGCAGCGGUGAAAUCUGAGGCUGAGACGGUUAAGGCCGAUGCUGAGGCGAUCGCGACUGUCUACCGAUCUGACGCCGAGGCCGCUCAAACUCGAGUGAAAGAAGUUUUCGAUGCUGCUCAGGCUCGAGCAUACUGGGUUGCCGAGCAUGCCAAAGCCCAGUCUCGAAGAGAGACUCUUGAGGAUUCACGCUCGUGGCUUUAA